GAAAAUAAAUAACAAAAAAUAAAAAAAAUGGUGGAAUUCGAAGUUUAUGGUGAAACAUUUCAUGAUUAUGUAGCAGAUUUUAUUCCAUUUUUUAUAAUAUGUAUGCUGGUGGAAUUAAUAAUAAAUGUUUUUUUUAAAAAGAAAAAAAAUUAUUUUGGAUUGGGGGAUUCUUUAACUUCGAUGGGUGGGGGACUUUCGACAAUAGUUUUAGAGAGGAUAGUACCCUUUGCUAUUAUGUCAGCGAUUGAAUUUUAUGGCGUGGUUUAUAUUUAUAGAAAUUAUAGGAUAGUAGAUGUCAGCGAGUAUUCAGUUUUAGCAUGGAUAUUUUGUUUUAUAACUGUAGAUUUUGGUUAUUAUUGGUUUCAUAGAUUAGCACACGAAGUUAAUGCAUUUUGGGCAACACAUGUUACACAUCACUCUUCAGAAAAAUAUAAUUUAACAACAGCACUUAGACAAAAUGUAUUACAAAUAUAUAUUUCAUGGAUUUUCUUCUUACCAAUUGGAUUAUUUACACCACCAGGCAUGUAUGUAUUUCAUAAGCAAUUCAAUACAAUUAAUCAGUUUUGGAUCCACACACAAUUGAUAGAUAAAUUACCAUGGCCAAUAGAGUUCAUUUUAAAUACACCAUCUCAUCAUCGUGUUCAUCAUGGUCGUAAUCCAAAAUAUUUAGAUAAGAAUUAUGGUGGUACUUUGAUUAUAUGGGACCGUAUAUUUAAGACAUUCGAGCCAGAGGAAGAAAAGGUUUAUUAUGGUUUGGUAUACCCUUUAAAUUCAAAUGAUCCAACAUGGAUUCAAAUACAUAAGUGGUAUGAAAUGUAUCAGCAUACAAAACUAUAUACUAACUGGAUUGAUAAAAUCAAAGUUUUUCUUUGUGGGCCAGGUUGGCAAAAAGGUACAGGUCGUUUAGGGGAUCUUUCAACACUCCCAAUUCCAACGGACAAGGAUGAGCAAGAAAGAAUACCAAAAUCUUUAUCAACAGAUUUAAAUGUAUAUUUAUUUAUCCACUACAUGUUCAUCUCUUUCUUUGCAUUAAUAAUUCGUGACAGUUUCGAAAAUCAAGUUGGUGCUACAAAUGUUACUCUAUCUUUUGCUUUUCUCUAUGUUAGCUUAACUUCAUUUGGCGCUAUGUUCGAUGGGAAAUGGUAUGCGGCUCUAUUGGAAACUAUUAGGCUCUGGGUAUUUAUAAUAUACACUCUGGUAUCUCAAGCUUCAUCUCACCCAAUUAUACAUAUAUUCAGACUAUUUUAUUUCACCUCAUCCGUAUAUAUUAUUUUCAAGAAAAUUUAUACAUCUAAUAUUUUUAAAAGCUAUUUAAAAUCAUCACAAAAAAUUUUAAACAAUAAACUAGAUUAGAAAAUAUAAACUAUUAUUUAUUU